AUCCAAUUCAAUCCCGAGGGCACUAUCGUAGUACCACUGCACUUGUAAGGCCAUUUUAUUCUCUAACAGCCUAUAUUAUUGUCCCUUAGAUCACCAAUUGUUCUUCUGCCCUUAGCUUUCUCUCUCAAAAACAACCAUAAUAAUUUAACUCUUAGCACACAAAAAACACAGAGAGAGAUAUAUAAUUCUCUGAAAACUUUAACCAAAUUUUUCAAAAAAAAAAAAAAAAAAAAUGGUUGUAAGAAACAGAAUAAUUUCACAAGUACUACAAAGAAGCCGCAGCAAAAGCAUCAGCAGCAGCAGUUUAGGCCAACAGAAAUGCUGGGGUUCAACAGCAGCAGCGGCGGCGACAGCGACGGAGGUGGGAUCAAAAUCAAUGGGGUUUUGGUUGAAAGAUUAUGAAGAUUAUAGGAAGUCAUUGUACGGUGGAAAUAUUACUCACAAAGCUCUUUUUGUUGAUGCUGUUGGCACUCUCCUUGUCCCUGCUCAACCCACUGCUCAGAUAUAUAGGCAGAUGGGAGAAAAAUAUGGAGUGAAAUAUUCAGAGGAUGAAAUAUUGAAUAGAUACAGAUGGGCUUAUGGUCAACCUUGGGGAAGAUCACGUCUCAGAUACGUGGAUGAUGGCAGACCAUUCUGGCAAUACAUUGUUUCAUCUUCCACAGGCUGCUCAAAUGCUCAGUACUUUGAAGAGCUAUACAACUACUUUAUGACUGAGAAGGCAUGGCAGCUUUGUGACCCGAAUGCAGGGAAAGUAUUUCAGGCUCUGAGGAAUGCGGGUGUAAAAGUGGCCGUUGUCUCAAACUUUGAUACUCGGUUAAGGCCUCUGCUGAGGGCUCUGGGUUGUGAGCAUUGGUUUGAUGCUAUGGCUGUGUCAGCUGAAGUUGCUGCUGAGAAGCCAAAUCCAACAAUAUUUCUGAAGGCCUGUGAUCUUCUGGGUGUAAAACCAGAGGAUGCUGUUCAUGUUGGUGAUGAUCGUAGAAACGAUAUAUGGGGUGCUAGAGAUGCAGGCUGUGACGCAUGGCUUUGGGGAAGCGAGGUCCAUUCUUUCCAAGAGGUUGCACAAAGAAUUGGCGUCCACAUCUAAGCAAACUGAUGUUUUUUUCCACUGCAACUCCGAUGGGCAUCUAGAAAAGAUGCGAGCUCUUUCGCUCUCCCUUGUUUAGGAGCUGUACGAUUGGUGUUAUAUACCUGGUAACAGGACUUCAGAGGAGACUAUAAGUUUAUGUUACCAAAUAACCUGUAAAAAGGAUUUUGUAUAGCUUCUAAGUUGUAUGUAAUGAGUGUCAUCAAUUCAAAGGGUAAAAUGAAAAGGGUCGAGGAACCGUGAAGUUAUCUGAGAAAAUUGGUCCAAUCUUUGCUAACGUAACAUAGAGCGUAGUUCAGAUGGAUUGACAAGCGUGAUCAACUUCGAAGCUUCACUAAUGAUCCAUUGUCAGGAGGGGUCUGUUGUAUUAUAGUUUGAUAAUAAUCGGCACAGAAACUGUAUGUUAGCAAUGUGCAGGACCUUUGUUGGAUCUAGAAUGUAUUGCAUGGUUCAACACUUCAGCUCACUGCAAUUUGCAGAAAUGAUUAAUGAUGCUAUUUUUCUCUAA